AUGUCCGCCCAUUACACAACAGAACCAAACCCCACGGCCUCAGCGACCCUAAACACAACCUUCGGGCCCCUCCACAUCUCCCUCUUCGCUACGCAAACGCCCCUAACAUGCCGGAACUUCCUCCAACAUUGCCAGGACGGCUACUACACCGACACGAUCUUCCACCGCGUGGUGCCCGGCUUCAUCAUCCAGGGCGGCGACCCGACGGGCACAGGCUCCGGGGGUACAUCAAUCUACGAGGACCCGGAGUUCGAAUACGACCCGGAGGCGCGCGAUCCGGACGAGAAGGUCGUGCUCCGCGAUGAGCUGCACAGUCGGUUGCGGUAUAACCGGCGCGGGCUGGUGGGGAUGGCGAAGAGCGAGGAUGGGAGCUACGGGAGCCAGUUCUUCAUUACGCUGGGGAAUACGGAGCGGGAGUUGAACGGGCAGUGUACGCUUUUCGGGCGCAUCGAGGGCGACAGUAUCUACAAUAUGGUGAAGAUUGCGGAGGCCGAGAGGGUCGAGGGGACGGAACAGCCUGUGUACCCGGUGAAGAUCACGUCCUGUGAGAUCGGGGAGCUAGGUCCGCUAGCAGGAAAGAUCAAGAAGCGCCAGAUCACGGCGACGCGGACCGCAAGGACAGAGGAUAAGCCCGCGCCGAAAAAGAAGAAGAAGAACAAGGGAGGCAAGACACUCCUGAGCUUCGGCGAUGACGGUGACGGCGACGAAGAUAUGCCCAUUCGACCCGCGAAACCGAAGUUCAACUCCAGCCUGAACCGAAAUCAACAAAGACGCCCGCGCUCCCCUUCCCCAGAGCCCAAACAUCGCCCCAAAACCCCGGAACCAGAGACCCAGCUCCCCCUCCCCAAGCCCGAAUCGCCAGACCGCUCCCCCGAACCAGCCGCACCAAAGCAAUCUUUCCUCUCGCGCACCAAUGCCGAAAUCGAGAAUCUCAAGGCCUCCAUGCGCAGAACUGCCCACACCGGCGCUGCAGAUACAGGGCCCAAAAAGUCCGCCUUGGAGGCCAUGAUCCCGGAGACGGCGAUCCGAGGCCGCAGACGCCCUCCGCCGGGCACAUCGGCCUCAACCAACGGCUCAAACGGGAUAACAGGGUUCAGCAGUUCAGCGGACAAUGACACACUCAAACUCUUCAAUGCGUUCAAGGCCAAGCUCGAAAAUGCCGAUUCACCGGAUGACGAGGAGGCCCAGCUCUGUGAUCUUCAUUUUAUCGCGAAUUGCCAAUCUUGUCAAUCAUGGGAUGAUGAUCAAACUGCGGAGGGCGGAAAGGCAGGUGCGGCGGCGGAGGAUGAGGAGGGCUGGCUGACGCAUGAGUUGCGCUUUGGCAAGGAUACGCUUGGCAAGGAUUUGAAAUGGAAACGGGAGCAUCCGGACGAUGCAGACUCGCUUAUGGUGAUUGAUCCGCGGGAGAAGGAGAAGGAAUACGUUGGCGGGAAACGGAGAGGGCUUGAGAGAGAUCGGGAGCGAGAUAGGAAGCGCGAGCGUGUAGGCAACCUGGAAUGGGACAAGGCACGGAGAGGGAAAUAG